GUUUCAACUGGAAAGUAGGGCAGAUUGAUCUUGGUGACUUCAAGAGAAGGGCACAGAAGCGGGAGUAACCUUUAUAUAGUUCUGGAACCGUCAUACUUAAGGAAGGAAACCAUUACUGUGUCGGAGGAGUCAUUCUUGUUGAAUAAGAAGCUGACUUGGAGGUGGAGUUGCUUGGAUUGGAAACAGUGCAUACUGUGGGGGAAAGAUUUGUGCUGUGGAUCUGGUCUGGGAGAAAACUGGCAAGGAUUUGAGGACUGGAGAAAGUCUGGCUACUUCAGGAACUUUGUUGUGACAAGAGCUGCUGGUGGGGUGUGGUGGCGUGACUACUGCUUGUACAAGGUAUGGCCUCACAACUGCAAGUGUUUUCACCAAUGUCAGUAAAGUCCAGUGCCUUCUGCAGCGUGAAGAAAUUGAAAGUGGAGCCCAUCAACUGGGAUGCAACGGGGCAAGGCUGCAGCACAAAACAUUGCAAUCAAAGCAAAAAUCCUUCAGUGACUCAAGUACAGACAAAUCUGCCCCACCAGGCAUCAAGCAGCAUCGUGGUUUAUGAACAAAAUUUACACACCACCACUGCCUCUGGGUUGAUCCCGGUUAAGAGUGCUGACAGUGGGGCCUGUACGGCGGCCUUGUCAGUUGGAUCAUCCAACGGAGUACAGAGCUUGACACGCAGGAGCACAGUCACGCUGUUGGAUACCUAUCAAAAAUGUGGACUGAAGAGAAAGAGUGAGGAGAUUGAAAGCAGUGGCAGUGUGCAAAUAAUUGAGGAACACCCACCUCCGAUGCUUCAGAACACCACUGGCAGGACUGCGGUGGGUACAACUGCCACCACCACAUCAACUGUAACUUCAAAGAAUGGCAGUUCCACUAAUGAAGGGGAUUAUCAGUUGGUACAACAUGAAAUACUUUGCUCAGUGGUCAGUAGUUAUGAGGUAUUGGAGUUUCUUGGCCGUGGCACUUUUGGGCAGGUAGUAAAAUGCUGGAAAAGGGGCACCAAUGAAAUUGUGGCUAUCAAGAUCUUGAAAAAUCAUCCAUCUUAUGCACGGCAGGGACAAAUUGAAGUGAGCAUUUUAAAUCGUUUGAGCACAGAGAACGCUGAUGAUUACAAUUUUGUCCGGUCUUAUGAAUGUUUUCAACACAAGAAUCAUACCUGUUUGGUCUUUGAAAUGUUGGAACAGAACCUGUAUGACUUCCUCAAACAGAACAAGUUCAGCCCUUUGCCCUUGAAAUAUAUACGACCCAUCCUGCAGCAGGUGGCCACAGCCUUAAUGAAACUAAAAAGUCUUGGUCUCAUUCACGCAGAUCUGAAACCAGAAAACAUUAUGUUGGUGGAUCCGACCCGUCAGCCCUAUAGAGUGAAGGUCAUAGAUUUUGGUUCAGCCAGUCAUGUUUUAAAAGCAGUUUGCUCAACAUAUCUGCAGUCUCGAUAUUACAGAGCUCCUGAAAUUAUUCUUGGACUAAGAUUCUGUGAAGCCAUUGAUAUGUGGUCACUAGGAUGUGUUAUUGCAGAGAUGUUUCUGGGAUGGCCAUUGUAUCCAGGUGCAUCAGAGUAUGAUCAGAUACGCUACAUUUCUCAAACACAAGGUUUACCAGCUGAGUACUUGCUAAGCGCUGGAACAAAGACGACAAGGUUUUUUAACAGAGAUCCAGAUGCAGGAUAUCCAUUAUGGAAGCUGAAGACACCAGAGGAACAUGAGUUAGAGACUGGGAUCAAAUCGAAGGAAGCAAGGAAGUACAUUUUCAAUUGUUUGGAUGAUAUGGCACAGGUGAACAUGCCAAAUGAUUUGGAGGGAACAGACAUGUUGGCAGAGAAAGCAGACCGGAGGGAGUAUAUUGAUUUGUUGAAAAAAAUGUUGACAAUAGAUGCUGACAAGAGGGUUAAUCCGUUAAAAACCUUAAACCAUCCAUUUGUUACCAUGACACAUCUACUUGACUUCCCUCAUAGCAAUCAUGUGAAAUCCUGCUUUCAGAAUAUGGAGAUUUGCAAGCGUCGAGCCAACAACUAUGAAACAAUAAACCAGAAUAAAAGCCCAUUUAUUGCACAUGUUGCGCCGAGCACAAGCACAAACUUGACAAUGGCCUUCAAUAACCAACUCAACACCAUGCACAAUCAGGCCAACACCCUGGCACCUACCUCCACAGCUGCAACCCUUUCACUGUCCAGUGCUGAUGUAUCUCUGCUUAACUAUCAACCUGCACUCUACCAGCCUGCAGCAGCACCUGUGGCAGGGGUUGCACAAGCAAGUAUGCCUCUGCAGGCUGGAACGACACAGCUGUGUGCGCAGGCUGACCCCUUUCAACAAGCCCUCAUUGUGUGUCCACCAGCAUUUCAAGGGCUGCAAGCAUCUGCAAAACAUUCUGGCUUUUCUGUUAGAGUGGAGAAUGCAGUGCCUGUUGUACCACAAGCACCAGCUGCACAGUCCAUUCAGAUUCAGCCAGGUGUUCUUGCUCAGGGCAGCUGCACACCGCUGAUGGUGGCCACUCUACAUCCUCACGUUGCCACUGUUGCUCCGCAGUAUGCGGUCCCUUUUACCCUGAACUGCGCAGCCGGCCGGCCUGCGCUGGUCGAUCAGACGACCACAGUACUGCAGGCGUGGCCUGGAGGAACCCAACAAAUCCUGUUGCCAUCAACUUGGCAACAGUUGCCUGGAGUGGCUGUCCACAAUUCAGUUCCACAUGCUACUGUGAUACCAGAUGCUAUGACUAGUACGCAGCAAAUAACAGAUUGGAGAAAUGCACAUUCCCAUGGAAGCCAGUAUAAUGCCAUUGUGCAGCAGCCAUCUUUGUUGGCUGGCCAUGUGACUUUAGCUGCACAGCCCCUAAAUGUCGGAGUUGCCCACGUGGUACGCCAGCAGCAAAACUCCAGGUCUUCCUCAAAAAGGAAUAAACAGCUUCACAAUGCAAGAAAUGUUCCUGUGUUGGAUGUCACUCCCUCUCAAACAUACAUGGUGGUUCAAAACAGUCCAUCAAGUGCACCCUCCCCAUACUGCAGCACAACAGCUGACCAUCAGCGACAGACCAUUGUGAUUCCCGAUACACCCAGUCCUGCUGUCAGUGUCAUCACCAUUCGUAGUGACACAGAUGAAGAGGAAGAAACAAAGCAGAAGGUUGGGAGCUCGAGCACGAAACAGAGAUCAAACGUCAUCAGUUACGUCACUGUGCAUGAUUCUUUAGAAUCUGACUCUUCAAACAGUAACAGUCCCUAUCCAUGUGAACGCCCUCGAGCAACGCAAGUUAUCAGCAGUACACAGGAAGCUUCUAAAAGAACUUUGGAUGCCAGUCAUAGUUCUGGAUCUCGUACAAUCAUUGUACAGCCUUUAAAGGCGCAAGUCAGUGACAGUAUGGGAGAAAGCAACAGUUUGUCAGGCUUUUUCUCGAAUGUUUAUAAGGCAAAAACAGGCAUGCCUAUGAGUGGUCAGACUUCAAGCUCAACAACACCAACCACAUACCGACAACGGCAGCCUCUUAACCUCAGUCAAGCCCAGCAAUCUGUCACUCAAGAGCGAAGUGUGAAUCCUGCUCCCCGCAGACAACAGGCAUAUGUGACACCAACUCUUGCUCAACCUCCUUACUCUUUCCAGCAUAAUAGUCCCACACAUCCAGUGGUUCACCCUCACCUGACGGCUGUGUCAGCCCCAACGCACCUUUCAGGACAACCCCACAUGUAUACCUACACACCAACUGCUGCUGCCUUGGCAACUUCCAGUUCCAUGGCCCAUCUUCUGAACCAACAAAGUUCCUCCAGACAUGCCAUGCAACAAGCAACGUACACAGCUCAUCCAACCAGUCUCCUCCAACAGGUGCCAGUCAGCAUGGGCCCAAGCCUUCUGCCAUCUGCCAGCGUUGCUCCCAGCCAGUACCAGCAUCCAUUUGCUACCCAGUCAUACAUUAAUGCUUCCAGGGCACCUACUCUUUAUGCUGGCUAUCCACUCAGUCCCACUAAAAUAAAUCAGUAUUCUUAUCUGUAGCUUUCUUAUUUGCAAAUGUGCUGUGCUACUGUACGAGAUCUAGACAAAUCCAGUUUUGUAUGAAGGAGGAGUGCGCUUCAUUCCAUUAGACAGGACUCUUCUGUGGUGUCAUGUUUUGCUUCUGAGCUGGGUCACAAGUCUGCAGAACAUUCAGCAGUAAGGAGACUUGGUUUUUAACCCUUUUUUAAAAGAAAAAAGGAUAUUGGAAAUAGACCACAUUUUAAAUAUUUUACAAUGAUUUGGAAAUAAUUUUCAGAACCAACACAAAUGUUUGUUUUUAAAUGUACUGUUGCUUUAUUUUGCCAGCUCUUUGCCUGAACACACUGAUGAAUCUGCUACUUGAAAUAGGUUUAUGCUGCUCAAAGUGUUAAUACUAUUGCUUAGGAAGUUCAAAGAAUGCAUUUUUUCUAGGCCUAUUACAUAAUAAAAUGGCAAGUAAUGGAUGCAUCAUUUAGUUUGAUUGAAAAGUUGAAGCCUAUACAAAUCCUGAAUUGCAUAACUCAUUAAUCUUCAAGCAUAUCACUGUUUCAUUGUAUUUUGGAACAUUUAUGAGAGGUCUUCAAAAUUAAAGAAAAAUUACAUUUUUGAAUUCUAUGUAAAAUAGUUUGAAAUAUCACAUUUUUAGAGUUUUGUUGCAACAUUAAUUUUGUAUUAAUCUGGAUUUCUUAAAGUAUUGGUUUCUGAACAGUACAUUUAAUUAAGUAUGAAAAUGAGAAAUGAAAACAUCUACUUGCUCUUCUGAGAAGUGAAUCCAUUGAACAUUUCAGUCAUCUGGUGCUGCCGUCCAUACGGGAUUAGUGAGCUUUAUUUAAAGCUGCAGGUUUAAGAACCGUUUAAUCACUUUUCAGUGAGCAUAUUUUUAAGCAGUUGCUUCUGUAACUUUUACUUGCCUGUGUGUUCUUCAUAGUUGAUCAAGAAUUGUUGAGGAUGAAUAGCUUACUUAAAUGAAUUGGAAGUUGGAGAGAUGGUGAACAAAUAUGGUCACUGCUGUAUUAUUAAAUAUUGAGUAAACUAUUCUAAGUCAGCCAUUCUUUAAACUUGCGAAGGACAGGUGUGUAUUUUAAUUGUACUGCACAUACUAUGUCAUUUCUCAGAGUCCAGGGAUUUAAGGUGUAUUCUGGCACCUCAUCACUGCUAGAACCUUUGUGCACUGUGUAGAUUUCAUUUGGGCAUCAGUAGUGCUGAUUUGUAAUUUAAGAUAACUAAAUGCAUGCACGCACCCUAAAGCUGUGUUUAAAUCAUGUCCCACAUCAUGUUCCAGAGCUGUUUUGACCCCUCCCUGCUUAACUUAUUGGUAUUUUUAGUGUGUCAUGCAGAUUGAAAGUGUGUUACACACCAGCUCACUGUAUAGACUUUCAAUCACGAGGGUCUGUGGCAUUGAGUUGUUAUUGUCAGUUAUGCUUGUGCAAUUCGCAGUGACAUUACUGCCAUAAUAUCCUAUUUACGUAUAGGAGUAGUUCAACUAGUUCCAGCAACUAAUACAGCUUUAGCAUCAGAGCUGCAGAAGCAGACAUGUGACGCUUACAGUUUCCAACAGAACUAGCUACAACAGUCUGAACAAAAAUGUAAAUUAUGAUACUUGAAUUGUGAAUUUUUUUGUAACUCGAGAUUUAGUUCCUGAUCACCCCAAAGGGAUUCUUUUUAACGUACCUGUCAUUUCAAGAGAAAUUAAGUUGGAACAUGUUGGAAUGUACAUGCAGUGUCUUUGGAUACAUUUUUGGAACUUUAUUAAAUGUUGUAGCACUGAUGAAGUAAUUGUGUUUGAAAAGAGGUGGUCGCAGAACAGGCAUCAUCCGUGUGUUCUGGAUGGGAGCAAUUCUUUGACUCGGUUUUUGCACAGGUGUGAAUGUUGUGGGGGCUUAUUUGAUGAGUUCUUUCCCCUAGUUAGUGCCUUAACAGAUUUUUACAUAGUACAUUAAAUUAAAACUUCUACACUGUGCUUUAGAGAAUCCCAACUUGUUACAGUUAGAUCAUUUGGACUUGUGUGCAUGGAAGGCCUCUCGGGAAUACAAAACAAAGUGAUGGGAGGGUAGCACAGGAAAGUGUAUUGUGCUGUUGAAACAGAUUUUAAAACAUUUAAGUUUAUCUUUUUAAAAAAAAAUCAGUUGAGUAUUUUAAUUGAAGUUUGUUUUAGUUUAAGAAAGGGAGAUGGAAUUUGAAACAGUAUUCUUUCUGUUUUGAAGUUUUAAAUUUUCGUUUUCAUUUGGCACAUAUAACUAUGCUCCUUUUAAUGCAGCAAGCUAAUUAGAAUGUGAAAAUGCAUGUAUCCAUGUACUGUCUUCUGAACUUCAGUUCCUUUUGAUUUUCACCUUAUUAUUAAGUUACAAUGGUAUGGCUGAGCAUAUUGUACUUAUGUGAGGAUAGUGCAGUAUUUUGGUUUGUUUAAUGGAUUUUUGGAUGAGGAAAAUUAUGUGCAAUUAGCUUUAGGUGGUUGUGGUUCUUCUUGAUGUGUAAUUUUUUAAACUUUAUUUUUCAAUAGUUUAUGGAUGCUAACAUUCCUUGUGGCAGUGGGAUGCUGUCUGAGUAAACCCUUUGAAAGGCGACUACCCAGAUUUUGGCUUCAUGCAGGCAGACUGCCUGUAAAGCACAUGUUCAUCACACCAAAGAAAAGCCGAUUUAUUCUGCCUCAUUUACAGGGCAUGGAAUAAGUGGUAUUGCUUAACAGAUAUGCAAAGUAUUUGCUAAUCUUAAUUUACAACUUUUAAAAACAAAAUCUGCUAUUCAUUCCAACAACCUAUCAUUCUUGUUUGCAAACAGCUGCUCAGUGCUCCAUUCUGUAUUUGAAAGGAAAGUACUACUUACACUACUUCCCUUACUUGGUGUUGAAAGUGUUUAUGAAAGCCAUUAUUUUUGUUUCCUUUUUAACUCUUAUUUCAUGCCCUGACUUCAUAAGGUUGCAAGGAGUUGAUGUGCACCUGGCAAUCUCCCAGAGAAAUGGCUUUUAGAAAUUGCCUCUGUAAAAUACCUCUGGUGUUGCAAAACCUGUCUUGUUUCAAGGUUGACCAGGAGAUGGUGUUAUACGGUGUUUCUGCAGGAAAGGCAUUAUUCCUGUGUAUAUGUUUGGAGAGCACAGAUCUACAUUAGAAUUUAUCACGCUUAAUACCAGCAUUAUAAAAUGAUAAACUGGUAGAAAUGUGAGGGUUUACAGAAAUACACUAGCCUGCUGGUUCAGAUGUUUUUUGUAAAAAAUUAAAUUUCUAACAAGAAACAAACAUUCCACCAAUGCUUCUAUAACCAGGUAACUAUUUGUACAGCAUUUUUAAAGUGCUCCACUUUAUGGAACUUUCAGAUGUCACGAACACCAGGGCCUGUUCUUUCCAGUCCCCACAAGCUGGGUUUGUAUAAUGCAAACCAAGGUGUGAGAAUUGACCAAUUUGUUUCAGAAAGAGUAUUGUUCUGUCUGAGCUCAGCACAACAUAAUGUGAAUCUUGUUUUGUAUUUGGUUCUUGGUAUGCAGGUGCACAACUCCAGUUGAUUGGAGAGAGCUCCACAAGCCAGCAAAAUCUGCACAACAAACUUUUUUAGUGCAUUGAGUUGGUUGAUGCUGUUCACUUAGACAGUCAUAGCAAGGUAAAGUGUUGCUCAAAAAUCUGGUGGCUCUUACUUAAAGUUUCACUACUGUCAAAUAUUUUUACUUCAUGUCAGAUCCAUUUUGACCAAUUGCUGAAAGCUACUAAUUCCUGUAAACUAUUUACCCCUUCCCUGUCCCCUUUGGAUGCUAUACUGUCUGGAAUCCAGGGAAAUUAAAUAUAUAUUGACAUUCUGAAACUUUGUAUUGGAUUCCUACAGAGCCAAAUGCUCCACUUUAUCUCUGCCAAGACUCUGCAAAGUGCUUUCUUGAUGUGGUAUUUCAUAGUCUUACUGUAUUAUAUCUACCUUGGUGCAGUGAAGAGCAUUUGACCUUGUGAAAUGGGACAUUUUUUUUUUAACCUCACGUGGAUGAACGUUGGUUUAAAGAAAAACAUGUCUUAAAAGCUACAGCUAAGCACUUUUUAAUCUUUGCUGUCAAUUAGUGUUCCAUGCCCUGUCAUUGGGAAAUGCACUUGCUGUAGAUUGCAAUGUACAGUGUCUUUUAUCCUGCCCACAAACUAGGAUACUCCAUUUCUAAAGGAGUAACCCCAGUUAACAGCACAGCAAAGUACUAAUGACGGGUUGAGUUUCUUCUGUCACUUAUUAUUGAAUUUUGCCAGUAGAGACUCUUACCAUCUUAGAUUUUUGUCCAAUUCUGGAUUCUUGUGGCUAAACCUGCUUUGAUAGUUUUCUGUGGGAUUUUCUUGUGGGAAGGAGCAUAAUGCAAAAUUUUGGAAGUUUAAUUUAUUUAUGAAAACAUUUGCCCAAGGAAUAACACUGGUUUUGACCAUUCAAGCAGGUCGAAUAGACCUGUUGGUAAACUUUGCCAGUGUCCUCGCACCUUUAUGUACUACUUUGUAACAAUUUUUUUGUCAAUGUUUUGUAAGGAAGCCAUCUGUAUCCUGUGUAAGUCAUUUAGUAUCUAAAAUGUACAUUUAAAGAGAUAGUCCAAAGCCCACUCUGGUUGUAUUUGAAACAAUUGACAUGGAAUUUAAGUAGCACCUAAUUAAUCUUGUCACAACCACCUUUGAAUACAAAUACAGCUUGCUUGUUUCUUUGGGCGGGGAUGAUGGAGGGAUUGGAAUUUAAAUAACCAUUAAUCACUGAUAACUUCAAGCUAAUUUAUGGAGUCAAACAUUGAUUUUCUUUAUUUUUUGGAAAAGAAUUCUAACAACUUUGAUUUAAGCUUGACUGAAAGUUUCCAGGAAUUUAAGGUUGCUGCACUGAUUCAAACAAAAUUUUCCAGGAGUUUUUUGUUUCACAUAACCUGUGUAGGGCUGUAAAAGCACUGUCUCUUUAAAAUCUAUAUAAACAGUAUAUAUUUAUAGGGUUGACUUAUAUAUGGUUACAUAUGGGUGUGUCUGCAUUUACUGUUGGCUGGAGCAUGUUCUCAUUAUUUUGCUGUAUGUGUCUGCAUUUACUAAUGCUAAUCAUAUGUGGGUGAAUUUUAGUGUUUUUUUAAUAGUAUGAUUGUAGCGAAUGCAACAAUUGUUAGUAGCAUAUACUUGGCUUGUAUCAUUGAUAUUGCUAUAAUAGGUUAUUUGACUGGUUUGUAUAAUGUUAUUUGCUACUCUAGUUCUUGUAUGAACUGCGGUUUUCUUACUUUUUGAUAUAGCGAUGUGAUUAUCACAUGUAAUGUGUAGGCAGCUCAUAGAAAUUAUUGAUUUUUCUAUGGUAGUCUGGCAGUUAAACUGUAGAGGUUAUUGUAAAAUAAUAAAUUUAACAAAAGAUAAAGAGAUUAUAGUUAUUUAAAAAAAGUUCAUAAUACUAACUUUAAACUGGGAAAAGGGGUCCAUUGUGAUGAAACUGUUUAUCUUGUAAUUCACUGUUUUAUUGUCUUUGGUUUCCAAAGUAGCUUGUCUUCUGAUUGAAGUAUUUUCUACAUAUGUUAAACAUGCAUUGAGUUACCAAUAAAAUGGGCUACAUUUGUGUA